GGCCGCACACGGGGCGCCGGCUCCCCUCAGCCUGGCGGCCCGAAGCCCCCAGUCCACGGCCCCCGCGCAAGCGACGCCGGGAAAUGCCCACAUCCGGGAAACCUGCAGCGGAGUGCGGCGGCGGCGGCGGCGGCGGCGGCGGCGACACGGAGUGGAAGGCAAAAUGGCGGCGGAGGCGGAGGCCUGGUGCUAAGGGGGAGAGCCCGGUCCCCGCGACCCCCGCGACGGGCCGCGCAGGGCCGAGGUCGGCCCCCGGCAUCUCUCGCCGCCCGGACCUACCCCAAGCCCUCUGGGAUAACUGCGGGACUCUGGGCCCGGCCUCCGCACCGGCCCUGGGCCCGUGGCCGCUGUCCAGGAGCCCCGCUGUCCCCGCAGGGUUGUUUGGCUUAUAAAGAACUUUAACAUUCCUGUGAGCUUUAUCAAAGGAUCAUUUUCACUUUCGCUUAAGAAGAAGCUCUAAAUCUUUCAGGAAGCACUCACAGAAAUCUGCUGUGUGGGUCACAUACAUAGAUGUUUUCAUGAAGAGGAGUGAAAAGCCAGAGGGAUAUAGACAAAUGAGGCCUAAGACCUUUCCUGCCAGUAACUACACUGGUAGUAGCCGACAAAUGUUGCAAGAAAUCCGGGAAUCUCUUAGGAAUUUAUCCAAGCCAUCUGAUGCUGCUAAGGCUGAACAUACUGUGAGCAAAAUGUCAACUGAAGAUCCUCGACAAGUGAGAAAUCCACCCAAAUUUGGGACACAUCAUAAAGCCCUACAAGAAAUCCGAAACUCUCUACUCCCAUUUGCAAAUGAGACAAGUUCUUCUUCCAGGAGUACUUCAGAAGUUAAUCCACAGAUGUUUCAAGAUUUGCAGGCUGCUGGAUUUGAUGAGGAUAUGGUUAUACAAGCUCUUCAAAAAACUAAUAACAGAAGUAUAGAAGCAGCAAUAGAAUUCAUUAGUAAAAUGAGUUAUCAAGAUCCUCGACGGGAGCAGAUGGCUGCAGCAGCUGCCAGACCUGUUAAUGCCAGCAUGAAAACAGGGAGUGUGCAACAUUCAAUUAACCGCAAACAAAGCUGGAAAGGUUCUAAAGAGUCCUUAGUUCCUCAGAGACAUGGCCAACCUCUGGGAGAAAACGUGGCCUAUCGUUCAGAAAGUCCCAACUCACAGACAGAUGCAGGAAGACCCUUGUCUGGAUCUGGUAUUACAGCAUUUGUUCAAGCUCACCCAAGCAAUGGUCAAAGAGUGAAUCCCCCACCACCACCUCAAGUAAGGAGUGUCACCCCUCCACCGCCCCCAAGAGGCCAGACUCCCCCUCCACGAGGUACAACUCCACCUCCCCCUGCGUGGGAACCAAGCUCUCAAACAAAGCGCUAUUCUGGGAAUAUGGAAUAUGUGAUCUCACGAAUCUCCCCUGUUCCACCUGGGGCAUGGCAAGAGAGCUAUCCCCCACCACCUCUGACCACUUCCCCCAUGAAUCCUCCUAAUCAGGGACAGAGAGGCAUUAAUUCUGUUCCUGUUGGCAGACAACCAAUCAUCAUGCAGAGUUCUAACAAAUACAGCUUUCCACCUGUAAGACCUGGAAUUCAGAAUGGUGGUCAAACUGACUUCAUAAUACACCAGAAUGUUGCUCCUGCUGUCCCUGUCAACCGGCAGCCACCUCCUCCAUAUCCUCUAACCCCAGCUAAUGGACAAAGCCCUUGUGCUUUACAAACAGGAGGAUCUGCUGCUCCUUCGUCAUAUACUAAUGGAAAUAUUCCUCAAUCUAUGAUGGUGCCAAAUAGAAAUAGUCAUAACAUGGAACUCUACAACAUUAAUGUACCUGGACUGCAAACAACUUGGCCUCAGUCAUCAUCUGCUCCUGCCCAGUCAUCCCCCAGCAGCGGGCAUGAAAUUCCCACAUGGCAACCUAACAUACCAGUGAGGUCGAAUUCUUUUAAUAACCCAUUAGGAAAUAGAGCAAGUCACUCUGCCAAUUCUCAACCUUCAGCUACAACGGUCACUGCAAUCACACCGGCUCCCAUUCAACAGCCUGUGAAAAGCAUGCGUGUAUUAAAACCGGAACUACAAACUGCUUUGGCACCUACCCAUCCUUCCUGGAUACCACAACCAAUUCAUACUGUUCAACCAAGCCCUUUUUCUGAGAGUACCACUUCAAAUAUAACAGUUAAGCCAUCUGUUGCUGAAGCACCAAAUUAUCAAGGUCCUCCACCACCUUAUCCAAAACACUUACUACACCAAAACCCAUCUGUUCCUCCUUAUGAGUCAAUAAAUAAAUCUUGCAAAGAGGACCAGACUGGCUUGCCUAAGGAAGAUGAGGGCGAGAAGAAUUUUGAAAAUGUUGAUAAUGGAGAUAAAGAAAAGAAACAGAUUACAACCUCGCCUAUCACUGUUAGGAAAAACAAGAAAGAUGAAGAGCGAAGGGAAUCUCGUAUUCAGAGUUACUCUCCCCAGGCAUUUAAAUUUUUUAUGGAACAACAUGUAGAAAAUGUCCUCAAAUCUCAUCAGCAACGUCUCCAUCGUAAAAAACAAUUAGAGAAUGAAAUGAUGCGGGUUGGAUUAUCUCAAGAUGCCCAGGAUCAAAUGAGAAAGAUGCUUUGCCAGAAAGAGUCUAAUUACAUCCGUCUUAAAAGGGCUAAAAUGGACAAGUCUAUGUUUGUGAAGAUAAAGACAUUAGGAAUAGGAGCAUUUGGUGAAGUUUGUCUAGCAAGAAAAGUAGAUACUAAGGCUUUGUAUGCAACAAAAACUCUUCGAAAGAAAGAUGUUCUACUUCGAAAUCAAGUUGCUCAUGUUAAAGCUGAAAGAGAUAUCCUGGCUGAAGCUGACAAUGAAUGGGUAGUUCGCUUAUAUUAUUCAUUCCAAGAUAAAGACAAUUUGUACUUUGUAAUGGACUACAUUCCUGGGGGUGAUAUGAUGAGCCUGUUAAUCAGAAUGGGCAUCUUCCCAGAAAAUCUGGCACGAUUCUACAUAGCAGAACUUACCUGUGCAGUUGAAAGUGUUCAUAAAAUGGGUUUUAUUCAUAGAGAUAUUAAACCUGAUAACAUUUUGAUUGAUCGUGAUGGUCAUAUUAAAUUGACUGACUUUGGCCUCUGCACUGGGUUCAGAUGGACACAUGAUUCCAAGUACUACCAGAGUGGUGAUCAUCCACGGCAGGAUAGCAUGGAUUUCAGUAAUGAGUGGGGGGAUCCUUCCAACUGUCGAUGUGGAGAUAGACUAAAGCCCCUAGAGCGGAGAGCUGCACGCCAGCACCAGCGAUGUCUAGCACAUUCUUUGGUCGGGACUCCCAAUUAUAUUGCUCCUGAAGUAUUGCUGCGAACAGGAUAUACACAAUUAUGUGACUGGUGGAGUGUUGGUGUUAUUCUUUUUGAAAUGUUGGUGGGACAACCUCCUUUCUUGGCACAAACACCAUUAGAAACACAAAUGAAGGUUAUCAACUGGCAGACUUCUCUCCACAUUCCACCACAAGCCAAAUUAAGUCCUGAAGCAUCUGAUCUGAUUAUUAAACUUUGCCGAGGACCAGAAGACCGCUUGGGGAAGAAUGGUGCUGAUGAAAUAAAAGCUCAUCCAUUUUUUAAAACCAUAGAUUUCUCCAGUGAUCUGCGACAACAAUCUGCUUCAUAUAUUCCCAAAAUCACACACCCAACAGACACAUCAAAUUUUGACCCUGUUGAUCCUGAUAAGUUGUGGAGUGAAGAUAAUGAGGAAGAAAACGUAAAUGACACUCUCAAUGGAUGGUACAAAAAUGGAAAACAUCCCGAACAUGCCUUCUAUGAAUUUACCUUUCGGAGGUUUUUUGAUGACAAUGGCUACCCAUAUAAUUAUCCAAAGCCUAUUGAAUAUGAUUAUAUUAAUUCACAAGGCUCAGAGCAACAGUCAGAUGAAGAUGAUCAACAUACAGGCUCAGAGAUAAAAAAUCGUGAUCUAGUAUAUGUUUAACAUAUUAGGAAAAAUAAUGAAGAUUUGCAAAAAGGCCUGAAAAGCAGGAAUUUUUGAAUUUUGAGACUAAAUGUAUGCAAGUAUGGCAGAGCUAUGUAUGUGCACUCUGUGUACAGUAUUUUUAUUUUCCUAAAUUAUGGGAACUCCUUUUAAAAUGUUAAUUUAUUCCUCCCUUUUUAAUCAGUAAUUUAGAAAAAAACUGUUAUAAGGAAAGUAAAUUAUGAAUUGAAUAUUAUAGUCAGUUUUUGGUACUUAAAGUACUUAAAAAAUAGUAUUGUGUUUAAAAGGAGAAGCCUGGUAUCUAUUUGUAUAUAUACUAAAUAAUUUUAAAAUUCAAGAGUUUUUGAAAUUUUUUGAAAGACAGUUUGUUUUAUAUUGCUUUAACCAAAUAUGAAACAUACCCACAUUCCCAGAGUUUUUCUCCUCCUGUAACCUUAUUUUUGGUACAGAAAAAGCUUAAAAAAUUAAGCUAUCAUUUUGGAGAGUGUUCCCAGGCUAAUGAUAAUCCGUAUAAGUCACCUCCUGGAGCUAAAAAAUACAGAGUGAAAAUGUUCAUCACCCCUCUUCCCCCAGAAUAUUUAAUCUCCUAGUUUCUUCUCCGUAAUUACUGGCUUUUGAAGAAGCCAUAGCACUACUAAUUUUGACUCCAUGUUGAUCAUAAAGCUGCUUCCAGUUUUUAAAAGGGAACAGGUUGCCAUAAAUCAAUUUUAUUUUCAAAUACUAAAAGUGAAGAUCAUUCAUGUUUUUACAUUGAAAUUAGGAAAAUGUUUCUAUGCUUAGUAGACAAAUACUCAGUGUAUAGACAGUUUGGGUUAGCAAUUAUUUUUGAUAUUUACUUAAUAUUUUUUCAAGGAGCUAGGGAUGUAGCUCAAUAGUAGAGCACUUGCCUAGUAUGCACAAGGUCCUGGGUUCAAUCUUCAGCACUGCAAUACAAGAGAAAAGACUAGUCUUGAUAUGUCAUUAAUGCUAUAGAUUUCCUCUUUCAGAAUAAUAUUAAAUGAACAAAUUGUUACUGACAAAAGAAGUAUGGCUAUUUGGCAAUAUUUUACCUAUGGAUAGAUAGGUUAGUUGAUGAGAAAUAAUUGCUAACUUAAUUGAAAUGGCUGUUGCUAAUUAGGAAAAGUUACAGUGGUCUUAGAAAAUUUAGGACCUCUUAUUUAAUAGUUUUUGAAUAUGCCAAUUUAUAUUAUGCUUAGAUUCUAAGGAGGAAUUGUGGUUCCAAACCAAAAUACAUAGAGGUUAUCAUGUAGAAAGGGGAAUCCGGCUCUACUCUGACCUUACUAUAGGUUUGUAUCUCAUUUCCUUUUCUUAAGUUUCAUUAUUUUUACAAAUUGCUUUAUCCAAACUUAGUGUAAGAGGCAUAAUUGUAGUGAUUUUUCAAAAUUUUAGCUUUCUUCAUAAAAGCUAAUGGAAACCAUAUUGCAGUAAAAUUGAAGGCAAAGUGGUUCCAGCUAGAUUGCACCCUGUCAGUGCUCAGCUUGUAGGUUCAGCCUUUGAAGUUACUAGUUCUUUUGACAGUGUACUAAAGGCUGUGUGGGCUCUGGACCCAGGAAAUUAUGCAUAUCAAUACAUGUACAUUUACAGUUUGGAGAGAUUCUGGACAUGUUGAGACCUGUCAUAGACUCUUAAGGAAUUCUGUCCUGUAAGAAAAUGGGUAUCUUAAACUACGUUUACACUACACAGAUUGGCCUAUCUUGUGUCCAUACUGACAGUGUGGUGUGAAAGACCUGUAGCCUGUGACAAGAUGGUCCUGUGAGUAGCGGCACAACACUAAGAGGUUUGAACACCAUGGUGAGGGCACUGGAAUGCUGGGCUCAUUAUAGGCUUAAAACAAAUAGUUGUGAAAGGUUUCUAACUUGAAUCCUAGAAAUAAAUGUGCUAUCAUACAAUGGUGAUUUUUACUUCAUGGAGCAUUUGAUUCGUCCUGUAAAAUAUUAUGCAAAGCAAAAUAAUUCAAGAAUUUUUAGCGAGGCACUCAUAUAAGAUAUUCCCCUCUUAUUCUUUGGAAUUUUUCAGUCAGAUUUGCUUAAAUGGUAAUUGUUUUACUUCUGGCCUAUGGUGUGAUGCAGUAAAACACCAACUUUGUUACAUUUACAUUGAGGGAAAACUAAGGUGCUGUCUCCCUCCCUCACAAAAUCAAUACUGUGUUUUCCUCAUAGGUAAGAAACACCACAAUUUUGUAGCCCUUUACAUUUCCUCUGACAGUAUAAGCAGUAUACAAGCCAUAGGUAUCUGCAAUUUUAGUAGUUUGGAUAUACUUGUUAGCUGUCUUAUUUCCCAGCUAUAUCCAAUUCUUCCAGCAUAGUAUCUGGUGCUUGCUAGUUAAAAAGGCAAGAACAACAUUUUAAAAACAUCAAGAUACUCUCAAUUGAAGUAGCAUGAAAACAUUGGUUCUACAUUUUCUUUUUAAAAGAAAACUUCUCAUUUAAAAGCUUGCUGUCUUUCUUAAACUUACCCUUUUUAUAUGCAUAUCAAUAGUAUUUAUAAAAUGUGUUCUAUAAUUAUGUAAUUGUAGAUACUGUUACGUAUUGUCCAGUGACAUCCUAAGGCAGGCCCUAUUGCUGUAUCUUUUCUACCUUCUCAUUUGUAAUAGAAACUAGAAUGUAUGACUAAGAAGUCACUUUGAGAUUGACUUUUUUAAAAAGUUAUUACCUUCUGCUGUUGCAAAGUGCAAAACUGUGAGUGAAAAUGUUUUAUUCUGACUUAAUAUGUUAGAACUUAGAGAAUACAGUGGGAAGAUCUUUAGAUAUUGCUGCUGCUGUUACCCAAGGUACUUUAGAAAUUUUUCUUUAAUAAAAAAAGAAUUCCUUUUGUAUUUAAAGUUAAACAUUUAGCCUGUUUGUUUUAAUCUAAAGCAAAAAGUAAUUCGGGUCAACAUAUUGAUAUAUUUGUAAAGCGCCUUAAUAUAUCUUUUGUGGAAGGCACUACACGGUUUACUUUUAUAUUGUAUUUUGUAAAUAAGUAUUUUGUAUUAAAAUGCAAUCGAUGACAACACUACAGUUUUAUAAAAUAAUGGUUUGUUAGAAAAGGAAUUACAGCUUUGCAAUAUAAUAAUUGUUUUUGCAUACUUCUGAAUGUAAUAGAAUGAAUAAUCAGUCUGUGUUUUUAAUGAGUCUGUUUGUAUUUUCCCAAUCAUUUCCUCUGUAACAUUUGCUAGGAUAAUUUUUUUAAAGUAAAAUUCAAAUGUCUUCA